AUGGGAGGACCUGCUCCUGCUCCCGCUCCGCCACCGGAAUCGGCAGAGAUGGUGCAGGAGAUCCUGCUCAAGCUGCCCACCAGGGACGUGAUGCGCUGCUGCUGCGUCUCCAAGCUAUGGCGCAGCGUCGCCGCCGACCCUACUUUCCGCACCCUCCACGCCGAGGCCGAAGCCGACCACGUCUCGGCCGCGCCUCCGGAGGCCUUGCUCGUCACGGUGACGCGGGAGCCCGGCAGGCCCGACGAGGCCAGCUUCUUCAGGGUCUCCUCGCCGAAACCUACGCUCAUGCCGCACCGCGUCACUAUCCCCAGCGGCUACCGCCUCUCCAACAUCUGCAACGGCCUUCUCUGCUUCUCGCUUGUCCGUGAUAGUCCCGAGGCGCCGCCGUUCAUCUGCAACCCGGUGACCGGCGAGACGGCGACGGUCCCCAAGGCGCCUCCGCCCGUGGGGCUCCCGGUCCCGGGCGGCAAAUCAGGAUAG